CAUCAUCGAUCCCCAAAAUCAGGGAAGCCGUGCUGAGAACGCCACAUCAGAAUAAACUAUUUUCGCUUAUAGGGCGCACAACUGGAAAUUUUAAGUGAACACAUCGAAUCAGAUAUUUCCCCAUCCCGAUAGGAUGCAAAAUUCAACUGUGAUCAGCAGGGUGAACGCGGGCUUGAGUCGCUGCCUGAGCCACCACCGGCGGUUGUGUCGCGGCAUUGCCGAGCUGGACCGCCUGAUCUACGACGACGAGUUCCUCAAGGAUCCCAGGACUCAGUGGCUGCUCCACCAGAGGCGGCAACGGGAGGAGAAGCUGAUCAAGCACAAGGUCAUCUCCCUGGGACAUCUUCUCUGUCAGUCUAAGUUAGCCCUGUCUCCGCAGUCCGGAAAGAGCAAUCUUGCGGUUGCACGUGCCUUUUGUCAAUUGCUGCAAGCCGAAUCGCCAUGUGGCAGUCAUUCGCCCAAGGCCAGGACCCAAACAGGACCUCUGCCCGCUCCCACUCCUUUGCCCUCGCCCGAAAGACGUCCCAGUUUCAGGAUCAGUGCUAGUUUACCUCGACCUGAGAGGAAGGCAUCCUCGAAGGCAUGCUGCCAAAGCUGCUAGAAAGGAUUUCAUAAGAAGAUCCUUAAAGUCAUUGGAUACUGCUAGCUAAAAAGACAGAGCACACAAUUCUUUAAAACAUUUUGGAGCAUUCUAGUUCCAUUUCAAAGUUGCUAGAAAUGGGGAUUUAGUAAAGAAAUUCUUAGAGAGAUCUUGGAGCUAUGCACUCACAAGUUUGACACAGAUCUAUGAUACGGAUAGAUCUGUGGCAGACUGGCGAGGAAUAACUGUGGGAUGUCUUGAGGAAUUAGCAAGUUGCAGUCUCCCAGGAACUUGAAUGUAACUGAACCUAUAUAGCCCAACUGCAAGAGGAUGAGGAUGAGGAUGAGGAUGAGGAUGAGGAUGAGGAUGAGGAUGAGGAUGAGGAUGAGGCGAGAAGGAAUGAAGGAGGAGGUGCUCAGCCCCGUUCGGCAUCCGUGCUGCUCUCGUUAUUGUUAUGAAUAAGUUAAUAACAUGGCGGAAGGCUUCUUUUGUCGUGGCCCAAACAAGCAA